AUGUCACAGUUCCCGCCCUCGUUCAAGCCAGUCGAGCACUCGAUCCCGCACUCGUGCGCGCCCGACGACCUGCCGCCGUCGUCCCUCUUCGCCCUCGCCUCUUCCCCACCUUCGUCCGGCUCCGACAAGCCCGUCCUCGUCCUCCUUCACGGCUACCCGCAGACACACACCCUGUGGCAGCCCGUCUCUGCAUGGCUCGACGCCAACACCGACAUCUUUGCCCGCUACCGCGUCCUCGUGCCCGACCUCCCUGGCUACGGCAAGUCGCGCAAGGCCGUCUCGCCCGACGGCUCGCACGAGGCCAACUCGAAGCGUGAGAUGGGCAAGGACAUCCUCGCGCUCGUCGACGCCGUCUGGCCCGCCGACCGGCCCAAGGUCGUCCUCGUCGCCCACGACCGCGGCGCUCGCGUCGCGUACCGCCUCGCCAAGGACUCGCCCGACCGUGUCGUCGGCCUCAACGUCCAGGACAUCGUCCCGACCGCCGAGCAGUUCAAGCGCUUCACCUACGACCACCACCGUCACCUCGCGACGUUCGGCUACUACCACUGGAUCUUCCUGGCGACGCCGGCCCCAAUGGCCGAGAUGCUCCUCCUGUCGACACCCGACAUCGCGCCGCAGUACGCCCGCUACAGCAUCUCGUCCUGGACCGGCCCGGCGUUCCGCUCGUCGACGCACAAGCUCUCGACGCCGUACGGCGACGUCGCGAGCCCCAACUACGCCGUCGACCUCAUGGACUCGUGGUGCCACCAGUACCGCGACCCCGACGUCGUGCGCGGCUCGCUCGAGGACUACCGCGCCGGCGCGACCAUCGACCUCGACCAUGACGAGGCCGACGGCGAGCCCGACGGCGAGGGCCUCCGCGUCAAGUGUCCGCUCCUCGCGCUGUGGUGCGCCGGGCUCGAGCGCGCUGCGGCGCCGGGCGAGGACGUCAAGCGGACGUGGGAGGCGCGCGGGCCGCGCGAGGAGGGCAGGACGAGGGCCAAGCGGGUCGACACCGAGGGCGUCGGGCACUUCCUCCCCGUCGAGGCGCCCGAGGAGGUCGGCAAGGAGGUGAGUGAGUGGAUCGAGCGGUUCUUCUGA